AGAGAGAGACAGAGAGAGAGAGACAGAGAGAGACGGAUGGACGACUUGGGGAUGAGACAGAGGAAGAUCAUACGAGAUAGAAAAUAAAAAAAUAACAAAUAAGUGACGGACCGAAUUAAGAGGAGAGAGAAGAACGAGAGAGAGAAGAAGAAGAGCGACACACGGACGGGUCGAAACACAAGAGCGAAAGAGUGUGUUUGUGUGUGUGUGUGUGUGUGAGAGGGAGAUCAGUGGAGAACUUGUUGGAACGAUAGAACGAGACAGAAACAGAGGCUCAGAGAGCGUGAGCGUGGACGUGUUAGUAUAUUGGUGUGUUGCAGGUGUGUGUGUGUGUGUGUGUGUGUGUGUGUGUGAGUCACCGGUCUGUAACUAAUAUUGGUUCACUCUGCGAAUUUAGUCAUAGCCAAGUCGCUAACAUUAGCAGGUGUUGAAUCUGUUAGCACAAAUUGCUUCCCACAGUGUGUGUGCGCACGCAUCUGUGUGUGUGUGUGUGUGUGUGUGUAAAGAAAGAGAAGUGUUCAGUGUGAGAACUCUGAUUGCCCCUCCACUAGCGUCCGUAGGCUCGGGCUCGCGUUCGGGCUCGCCGCGUCUCUCAGGUAACUGCUGUACAGGUCGGUAAAGGUUACUAAAGGUCAAGGUCAGCUUCAAUCCGACGUCAGGUCCAGGAGUCAGAUCUCAGUUAUUUCAGGCUCGAAAAUGAUUUAGAGAGGGUUUUUCAGUCUUACGUUAUUAGACUUUUCACAGAGACGCAGGCGUAUUAUUAUUAUUAAUAUUAUUAUUAUGAUUAUUUUAUUUUUUUAGGUAAUUUUGCAUUUGUUAUUGUAUUUAUUUUUAUUUAUUUUGGUAGUGAUUUGGAUUCUGAGAGGUUGUUUUAUGAUCGCGUUAUUAGGAGGUUAUUAGGCGGUUAUUAGGAGGUCAUAGGAGGUUAUUAGAAGGUUAUUAGGAGGUUAUUAGGCGGUUGAGGAGGUUAUUACGUGUACAUCGGUUGUAUGAUGGAGCUGUGGAGGCAGUGCGCUACGUGGCUCAUCCAGUGCCGAGUUCUUCCCGAUACCCACAGAGUGACCUGGGACAGCGCACAGGUUUGCGAGUUAGCCCAGGCGCUCAGAGAUGGAGUUCUUCUUUGUCACCUCCUGAAUAAUCUCCUCCCUCACUCGGUCAAUCUGCGUGAGAUCAACCUGCGUCCUCAGAUGUCUCAGUUCCUGUGUCUGAAGAACAUCAGGACAUUUCUAUCAGCGUGUCACGAGCGCUUCGGGAUAAAGAAGAGUGAACUGUUUGAGGCCUUUGACCUUUUCGAUGUCAGAGAUUUUGCCAAGGUGAUCGAUACGCUGUCCAUCCUCUCUCAGACCUCCGUAGCUGUUCAGAACGGCCUCAGGCCGUUUCCUAAUGAAGCGUGUGUUGGAGAUGACGACAUCUACAAUGGCCUCUCUGACCAAAUGGAUGACACAGUGGAUGAGGAUGAUGAUCUGUAUGACUGUGUGGAGGAUGAAGAGAAUGAGGGAGACGACAUUUAUGAAGACCUGAUGAGAACUGAGGAAACACCUGAGACAAAAUGUGAAGUAGACAAGAGAAGCUGCUGCCUUCAGGAGAUCAGUCAGACUGAGGAGAAAUACUCACAGACGCUGGAGUCUAUACUACAUCACUUUAUGAGGCCACUGCAGGCUUUCCUUGGUCCAGAUGACAUCGAAAACAUCUUCAUGAAUAUAGAGGACUUAGCUAAUACACACCGUUGUUUGCUGAGAGAGGUCCAGACAUCGAUAUGCUCUUAUGGAGCGGAGACUCUUCACCAGGUCUUUAUCGAUUAUAAAGAGAAGUUGUUGCUGUACGGCCGCUACUGCAGUCAAGUCGAAACAGCCACCAAACAACUGGACAAAAUCUCCAGCGUGAGGGAAGACGUCCGGAUGAAACUGGAGGAGUGUUCAAUGAGGGCGAACAGUGGACGUUUCUCUCUCAGAGACCUUCUGAUGGUUCCUAUGCAGAGGGUGUUAAAGUAUCACUUGCUGCUGCAGGAACUUAUGAAGCACACAGUGAAUCCCAGUGAUAAGGAAAACCUACGCACUGCACUGGACGCCAUGAGGGAUCUCGCUCAGUGUGUAAACGAGGUGAAGAGGGACAAUGAAAUAAUUCGUCAGAUCACAGCUUUUCAGCUCUGUAUCGAGAACAUGACUCAGUCCCUCGCACUUUUUGGCCGCCCAAAGAUUGAUGGAGAGCUGAAGAUCUGUGGACCUGACAAGAAAUCAAAGCAGGACAGGUAUGCGUUCCUGUUUGAUAAAGCCCUACUGGUGUGUAAGAAGCGCAGUGGGGAGAUUAUGGAGCUGAAAGAACUCAUUGACCUGCAGCAAUACCAACUGAGAGAUGAACCAACCGGAGACAAAGAAAAUAAAAAGUGGACACAUACCUUCUUGCUAAUGGAUUCAUAUGGCCAGGGUGGUUAUGAUCUUUACUUCAAGACACGUGAGCUGAAGAAGAAGUGGCUAGAACAGUUCGAGAUGGCUCUGUCUAACAUGUGUCCAGAGAACAGCACGGCCAAUGGCCAUGACUUCCAGAUGCACUGUUUUGAGCAGACCACUUCCUGUAAAGCCUGUCAGAUGUUGCUCAGGGGGAUCUUCUACCAGGGCUACCGCUGCACCCGCUGUAAAAUGGCCGCCCAUAAGGAGUGUCUUGGACGCGUUCCUCCAUGUGGACGCAAUGCAGAAAACUCUGUGACUACGAAAAAGAGCAAGUCCAGAUCUGCCACUUCGAGACAGACUAAACCGGGUCUUCCUAAGAUGGAGGUGUGUAAUGAUUAUUACGGCAUGCCACCGCCCCCUGUGGCGUUCGGCCAGCCGCUGCAUCUUGCUGUGGGUGAUGUCAUAGAGCUGACGCGCGCUGACGUUGACUUGCAGUGGUGGGAGGGCAGGAAUCUGACAGUAAGUGAGGUUGGCUGGUUCCCCUGCAGUAAAGUUCAACCCUUUUUACCGAGAGCACCUCCAGACCUUACAGGAUUCCUCUGGUUUGCGGGUACCAUGGACCGUACUCAGGCCAAGAGUCUACUGAUCUCUCGAUCUGAUGGGACUUUCCUGAUUAGGCAAAAGGAUGGAGGGGAGUUCGCCAUCAGCCUCAAGUUCAACAUGGACAUCCGGCACAUUAAGAUCACUCUGGCUGAAGGUCUCUACAGAAUCAAUGAAAAGAAAGCCUUUAAAGGGCUCAUUGAACUGGUUAAUUAUUACCAGGAGAAUUCCCUGAAGGAGUGUUUUAAAGACGUGGACACUCGACUGCAGAUUCCGUUCAAACAGCCAGAGCAGAGCACGUCCUCACCCUCACAUGGAUACACACACGCGCCUACCAGAGGUAUGAGCGAGCGUUAUUUUGGCACAGCUAAAGUGCGCUACGAUUUCUCAGCGAGGGAUCGGACCGAGCUGUCUCUCAGAGAGGGGGACACGGUGAAGAUCAUCUCGAAGAAAGCACACAAUGGCUGGUGGAAAGGAGAGGUCUAUGGCCGGGUUGGACUGUUUCCUGCGAACUAUGUAGAAGAGGAACAUUCAGAUUACUGCUGAUCCACAGAGUGACUCUUUGAUCUCUAGAUCCAGAUCCAUUCUCCUUUACCUACUGAGAAUUCAGUAACUGUGACCUAAUAAUUGAGUCGUUAAGUGACUCCUCAAAAUCAUCUUCUUGAAUAUGAUUCACUGAUUCAUUUAGACACUAAAUGAUUCUUUGAAUGUCUAGGUUUUUAUUUCCCUUCCUUCAACCACAGCUGGACAAAAUAUUUUUGUUUGUUUGUUUACUUGUUUGUUUCCUGACUUCUCUGAUUCUCUGCUUCACAUCUGUAUUAAACGUCUCAGGGAUAUACUGAACAUACCCUGAUCAGUUCAUGGAUUCAUUUAGAAAAUGAAAGUUCAUUUUAAAGCUUGCAGAUUUUAGGUGAGAGUUUUACAGAGUGUGUUUUAUGGUGGAAUGUUUAUUUGCCUUCUCUUAUUUACUUUUUAUUGUCGGAGUUUUAAUAGAGUAUAAAAUUGUACAGUGUUUGUGAAACUGUGGUUUUUCUUAAAGUUUAUUUUGGUUUCUGA